AUGUCUCGUCGAUUAAACAUAAAAAUCUGCACGAAGCAGGAGGAAUUGCAGGACGCAAUCAAAGUGAGGGAAUCAGCAUUCGUGGAAGAGUAUGGAUAUUCAAAGGAAGAAUUAGUCCUUUAUCCGCUUGACAAUCAAGCAUUACAGAUAUUAGCAACUGAUUAUAGUGGCACGCCAGUUGGAUCUUGCAGAUUUACACCACUCCCCCAGGACUUGGACAAUCUGCCACCUUCAUCAACACUCAAUCCUCAAACCGAGAAUUCGGCAAGGGAGCUCUUCAAAGAUUCUCAAGGAGGCAGAUUUUGGUGGCUCGCGGUUAGUCCUGCGGGCAGAGGACGAGGGGUUGCUGGUGGGCUAAUCAAGUACUGCGAAGAAUACACAGCAGAAAUGGUGAGAAAGCAUAGCAGCACGGCGUACAUGAGAAUUAGAGCGAACUACAAAGCCCAUAAAAUGUAUUUACGCUUUGGUUACGUAGUAGACUCAGAGAAAUUUCUAUUAGCUGGGCAAGAGCUGAUUUGGAUGAAGAAGACGUGGAAAGUGUGA